GCAGCGUGUUUAUUUGCGUGAAUCGAGACUAAUCCCCACCUGUUGCUUUAAGUAGUGGGCGGAGCUAAAGGCAACUCAUCACCACAACAACAGAGAAGGGUCGCGUUAUCGAGACCACCUCCCGCUUUUUUGCUUGGUAUGUAACCCGAAACCCAGGAACAUGGUGACCAAACGGAUUAGAUCAGAAUAUAUGAAGAAAUUUAAGGAUCCUAAAUGGGAAACAUACGGGAAGUGUUAUGAGGAUUUGGUGAGCUACAGACUGUCGAGGCGAAUGUUAGAGCAAACACACAACCCGUGGUUUUGGGAUGAAUCUGGAAGCGAUACAGAGUCCAGCGGGAAAUGUACACCUCAGGAGAAAAUUAACGAGUACAGGCUGUAUAAUGAGGUAAAAACACAAACGACAAAGGAGACGGAUGUGCACGAAAAGCAUGGAGCAGUAGAGGAGAGAGAACCUGAAACGAGCCAUAUUAAAGAACAAGUAACAGAGGUCAAACCUCAGGAAAAGGAGGACGAGAAGGGCACAACACACUCACCAGUUGGCCCCAUCAUCCCAGCAGAAAAGUAUCCCUGUGUUCAGAGCAAUUCAAAAAGCAAACUAAGGCAUCCAUAUAAGCCAACCCGAAUUAAAGCCAAGCAACACCUCACCAAAGACAGUGAUAAAGACAGCAGACAUCCUUUUGCUAUGUAUGGCUCAGGAGAGAGGCAGGCAGAUAUGGCCUCGAAAAGAACACACAAUGUCGGUCCAGCGGCAUCAACCAAAGAGAUCUACGAGUCGGCACUACGAGCAAAAAACAGGCGGGACGUUGAGAAACAGAUGAAGAGAAUGGACAAGCGAAGAGUGAAAUCAGCUGUCUUGGAAAAGUUUAACAAAAGCAAGCUCAUUCCUGAUUAUAACCCUUGGAUGACUGAAUACAUGCGCUGCUUCUCGGCAAGGUCACAGUAAAAGUUUGAGACUGCCAGCAACAUUCCUUCCAGUCACAGCACUUUUUCAGACAAAGUUCUCAUGAUCUACAGUGUAUAGCCUAAUGAAGUAUUUCCAAAAGCUUUCAUAAAAUAUCUCUGGUUUAAUUUUCAGAUGUAUUCUUAAUUAUUUUUCAACGUAAUGUUAGAUAUUUUGUGUAAUAUCUUUUUCAUGGAAGGUUUGUAAAACUGCACCCCCACCCCCCACCCACUGAUUUUAAGUGUGUACUGCUGUGGCCUGCCUCAGAAGUGGUUCAAAAAAAUGUGUAAUGGGAAAUGCCAUGAAUUUAUUAGACACCACUACAUACAUACAUUAGGCAGCAUUGAACACCACCAAAUACUCCUGUUCUGUAAAAUAUCAUGUCCGGUGGUGGACAAGUAUUUAGCCCUUGUUACUGUAAUGUAAUAACAAUGUACAUCCUAAACAUCUGCUUACAUUGUAAUAGAGGAUUGGGCCACCACAGAAUAAAUAAGGUAUUUAAUACCUGUAUUGUAAUAGUGACUUGCUUACAUCACUUGAUACAGUGAUUUGGAAGGAAGCCAUAAUGUUGCUUCUGAGCCACAGAAGCAAAGAUCUACCAAUAAUCUUUUGUGUAAAAAGCUGAGGAAUCUAGUUUAAAGGGUGACUAGACAUGACUUUGUGAUUUUGGAUGUAUGUAAAUGUGCAGUAGUGUAUUUGAACAGUGACCGCAAUAGGAUUUUAUUAUUCACUGCAGACUUGUGGGGAUUUGGUUUUUGCACACCCAGCUUUAGUGUUCAUAUCAUUAUUACUUGAAGGGGUUAGAGUUAUUAAUAUUGCUCAAGUCAGUGCCACAAUGUGUUUUUCAAAUGUUUUAAUAAAACAUUUUUUAGUUCACAGUG